AUGAAUGAAUUGAAAUGCUUGGCGUUUGAUAGAGAUUUGGAUUUUAUUUGUAUAACUGAAUCACAUUUUUCUGGGGAUUAUACUGAUGCUGAAUUAGAUAUUCCUAAUUAUAAUAUUUACAGGAAUGACUUGAAUCCAAGUGGAGGUACUUGCAUCUAUGUUCACGUAAGGCACACUGUUCAAGUUCUAGUGAAUAAAUCUAUUCGUGAUUUUAGGAGUAUAACAGUAUUCUUGGAUACUGGAAAAUUGCACUUAGUGUGUUUGUAUCGCUCACCAUCUUCAACUGUUGAACAGGAUGUACUUGUGAGAAAUGAAUUGGCUAAGUUACCUUCUACUAAUACUGAUCGAAUUAUACUUUUGGGUGAUUUUAACCUCCCUGAUGUUUGUUGGGUAACUGGCAGUGUUAAAGGCCCUGAUAAUACAACUGAUAGGAAACUCAUUAACCAGCAGGAGUAUUUAGAUUGUAUUGUUGCUAAUGGAUUUUCGUGGCAUAUUACAAAUGAAAUCACUCGUAGGAGGUUUGUUUGUGGGGAGUUGCAGGAGUCUACUUUAGAUCAAAUAUUAACAUCAGAUCCUGAUAUUAUAGAUGACAUUAUUUUUGGUCCUCCUCUUGGACGUAGUGAUCACUUGACAUUGGAGAUUCGCCUUAAGCUAUAUGAUGACGCCAGUUACUUGACCUCUGUAAAGUAUAAUUGGUCGAAAUGUGAUAUUGCUAAAGUUGUAUAUUUGGGUCAACAGACGGACUGGUUCUACUCGGGUGUAUUUGAUAAUUCUGUAGAUACACAAAGUCAGGAAUUAUUGAAUAAGAUCUUGAAUAUUGUUGAUAACUCUGUGCCACUAUUAAGCUAA